GCGCGGGGCGGGGCCGCGGGGCUGCAGCGUCACAUGACGGAGCGGCGCUCGCGGGGUGGUGCUGGUGGUGGAGGCUUGUAGCGGUCGCGGCGUGAUCAUGCCAACAACACAGCAGUCUCCUCAAGAUGAGCAGGAAAAACUCCUGGAUGAAGCCAUCCAGGCUGUGAAGGUGCAGUCUUUCCAGAUGAAGCGAUGUUUGGACAAAAACAAACUCAUGGAUGCUCUGAAACAUGCCUCCAAUAUGCUUGGGGAGCUGCGGACUUCUAUGUUGUCUCCAAAGAGCUAUUAUGAACUUUAUAUGGCUAUUUCUGAUGAACUGCACUACCUGGAAGUGUACCUGACGGAUGAGUUUGCCAAGGGGAGGAAGGUGGCUGAUCUUUAUGAACUAGUCCAGUAUGCUGGUAAUAUUAUCCCAAGACUCUAUCUUCUGAUAACAGUUGGUGUUGUUUAUGUCAAGUCCUUUCCUCAGUCCAGGAAAGAUAUUCUGAAAGAUCUGGUGGAAAUGUGCCGUGGUGUACAGCAUCCUUUAAGAGGCCUGUUUCUUCGAAACUAUCUCCUUCAGUGUACCAGGAAUAUCCUGCCAGAUGAAGGCGAGCAGACAGAUGAAGAAACCACUGGGGACAUCAGUGAUUCAAUGGAUUUUGUGCUGCUGAACUUUGCUGAAAUGAACAAGCUCUGGGUGCGAAUGCAACACCAAGGACACAGUCGAGAUAGGGAGAAGAGAGAGCGGGAAAGGCAGGAACUUAGAAUCCUAGUGGGAACAAAUCUGGUUCGCCUUAGUCAGCUGGAAGGUGUUAAUGUGGAACGAUAUAAACAAAUUGUUUUGCCAGGGAUAUUGGAGCAAGUGGUAAACUGCAGGGAUGCUCUAGCUCAGGAGUAUCUCAUGGAGUGCAUUAUACAGGUUUUCCCGGAUGAAUUUCAUCUCCAGACCCUGAACCCUUUCCUCCGAGCCUGUGCUGAGUUGCACCAAAAUGUGAAUGUGAAAAACAUAAUCAUUGCUUUAAUUGACAGACUAGCUUUAUUUGCACACCGUGAAGAUGGCCCAGGGAUCCCAGCAGAUAUUAAGCUUUUUGACAUCUUUUCACAGCAGGUGGCUACUGUUAUACAGUCUAGACAGGAUAUGCCUUCAGAGGAUGUAGUGUCGUUGCAAGUAUCCCUUAUUAACUUGGCUAUGAAAUGCUAUCCGGAUCGUGUUGACUAUGUUGACAAAGUGUUGGAGACAACUGUGGAAAUCUUUAACAAACUUAAUCUAGAACAUAUUGCAACAAGCAGUGCUGUUUCAAAGGAGCUAACUAGACUUUUGAAGAUCCCAGUUGAUACCUAUAAUAAUAUCCUCACAGUGCUGAAAUUAAAACAUUUCCAUCCACUCUUUGAAUACUUUGACUAUGAGUCCAGAAAGAGCAUGAGUUGUUACGUGCUUAGCAAUGUACUGGAUUAUAACACUGAAAUUGUCUCUCAAGAGCAGGUUGAUGCGAUCAUGAAUCUGGUAUCAACGUUGAUCCAGGACCAACCAGAUCAGCCUGCUGAAGACCCUGAUCCUGAGGACUUUGCAGAUGAGCAGAGCCUUGUGGGAAGAUUUAUUCACCUUCUGCGUUCAGAUGACCCAGAUCAGCAGUACUUGAUCUUGAACACAGCCAGGAAACACUUUGGCGCAGGUGGGAACCAGCGUAUUCGUUUUACAUUACCACCUCUGGUCUUUGCUGCGUACCAGCUUGCGUUUCGCUACAAGGAGAAUUCCAAAGUGGAUGACAAAUGGGAAAAGAAAUGCCAGAAGAUCUUCUCAUUUGCCCAUCAGACCAUCAGUGCUUUGAUCAAAGCAGAAUUGGCAGAGUUGCCUCUCCGGCUAUUUCUACAGGGAGCACUGGCUGCUGGAGAAAUUGGUUUUGAAAAUCAUGAAACAGUGGCCUAUGAAUUUAUGUCCCAGGCGUUCUCUCUGUAUGAAGAUGAAAUCAGUGAUUCAAAAGCACAGCUGGCUGCAAUCACCUUGAUAAUUGGAACAUUUGAGAGGAUGAAGUGCUUCAGUGAGGAGAACCAUGAGCCUCUGAGGACUCAGUGUGCACUGGCGGCUUCAAAGCUGCUUAAGAAACCAGACCAGUGCCGGGCUGUUAGCACUUGUGCACAUCUGUUUUGGUCUGGUCGCAACACUGACAAGAACGGAGAGGAGCUUCAUGGAGGAAAGAGAGUAAUGGAGUGCUUGAAAAAGGCUCUGAAAAUAGCAAAUCAGUGCAUGGAUCCUUCACUUCAAGUUCAGCUUUUUAUAGAAAUUCUGAACAGAUAUAUCUAUUUUUAUGAAAAGGAAAAUGAAGCGGUGACAAUUCAAGUUUUGAAUCAACUCAUACAAAAGAUACGAGAAGACCUGCCAAAUCUUGAAUCUACUGAAGAAACGGAACAGAUUAACAAACACUUUCACAACACACUGGAGCACUUGCGUUUGAGGAGGGAAUCACCAGAAUCAGAAGGUCCAAUUUAUGAAGGUCUUAUCUUUUAAAGAAGGCAUGUGCUGUACUUGUUUUUGUCUUCAUUUACACACAGUAUGUUUUUUAUUACUAUUAGAUUUCGUAGAUGGUGCCUUUUGGAAAUGCCAUGUUAGGUUCCCAUUCAUUUCAUGUGUGUUCAGUCCAGCACUUGCAGACACUUGCAUUCACUACUUAAAUUUAAAAGGUAUUCAGAUUGGAUCAGCAACUGCAGAUUUACUCAUAAAAAUAUCAUGACUGAAUCUUUCUUUAAAAUUCAUGUAACAUGUUACAACUUUUUCCCAGUUUUCUAAUCUGUUUUUCUUUUCUUUCUGUUUCACUGUUGCUUCUGUACCACUAUGGAGUUCUAACCAGGCAGUGACUAUCCAUCUCAAAUGUAUCUGAUUUUUACAGAGCAUCUGAUUUUGGGGGAUAUUGUAUGUUGGUUUCUGCUUGAACUGUUCUUUUAAUGCAAGUUAAGGCUAAGUGUAAUAUUUUUCCUUAAACUAGAAUAUAUUAAUGCAUGUUUGGAGAGUUUUGAAGCACCAUGUUCAAAAACAGAAGUUUAUAUUUUGCAUAUGAAGGCUCUGUGACACUCAGUGAGGGCCAGUACUGUGCACAGGGCAUAUUUAUCAAGGUAAUUUUGUUCCAAAUAGUAUAAAAAAUAGAGAAAUUGUGCUCUAUAUAGUAUAUGUAUAACCUUCAUUAUUGUAAAUUUAGGGGAAAAUGCAUUACACAAGUUAAUUCAGUAUCAUGAUUUUGCACCAGUGAAACAAUAAAGUUGCUAUUAACAGCU